AGCACCUCCUUGAUUCCCUAUAUACUCCACCGUCGCAAAGCUGCCGGCGUCAAAACCUGAAAGUUGCAGUGACCUGACCACCAUUUCCAAAUUUCAAGGUUGCUCAAUCCCCAAACUGUUUACCCUUCAUACUCGUAUUCUUUAUCUCAAGGCUUGUUGCUGGAAUCUGACUGGUCUUUAAGGCUUUGAAAAUGGAAGUUAUGGUGAAAAAAUUUCAGUCAAAAUUCAAAAUAGUUAGGAAAGAAAUGAAUCAAUGGGAUGAGCUUCAAUCUCGCUUGAUUUCACAGUUUAGGAGUGCUUCCCAUAUUGUAGAUAGGUUGCAGGUGCUUCAAAAAUCCAACAAUUAUGAUAUUCUAAACUGUGUUGCUGGUGUGAAAGAUGCUCUUUUGGAAAAGCAGAUUAGUUCUUUGAAUACCAUUUUGGUUUCCAUGAGAAAGACUUUGGAAGAAUUUCAUUGUAUUGUCUUAUCUCUUGAGAAAUUUCAUCGUGAUGGUAAACAACUAGUUAAAGGCAGUUCUUCUCGCCCAACCAUGAAACAACUGCAGCAGCGUGUUGGUAUCAAACCUAGACUUAUUGAUUGCUUGGAUGGCCUGUCAUUUCUACAUGAAAUAUACUACUCAGAGUAUUUAUUAAAAACAUCAAUUGUAUCAUCACUAUCAUCAAUGGCCUUAAUCCCCGGCACUGCUAGUGAUCUUGGUUCGCUACAGCAACUCUUGGUUGAUCAACCCAAUAUCCUUACAGAGGAAGUUCAAUUUUUGUUUGAUACAAUAUUUGCUGAAGAACUGUGUUGAUGAUGUCCUCUACUGUGGUAUACUGGUUGAGCUUUUGUACAUCAAGGGAGCCUUUUGAUCUGACAGGCAUGAUUGUUGAUGCGAGAUUAGAUUAAGAUGAUAUAUUGUUUUUGUUGGUAAUAAUUUAUAAAUUUUAGUUUUUCUUUUACGAAAAUUAUAAUUUUUAUAGUUGUUCUUUAGGAAUUUUGUUUAAUUUUUAUUUGUAGGUGUAUAUCAUCAUAUUAGGAAUGUUUAUUGAACCAUAUGGGUGAAAAAAAUGUGGUUAGGAGGGGAGACUUCCCUAAAGGUGGUUUAGCUAGGUUCUCUGAAGGAGAUUAAUUAUUGACAAUGCUGAUGCAUAUAGUUACCAAGAGUAAUA